AUGGAUAAACCGACUUUCGUCUUCUCGCUCGGUGCUUGGGUCACUCCCGUCGUUUUCGAUGCCGUGCGUGGCCGUCUGGAUACUCUCGGUUAUCCUUCCGAGUGCCCUGCGCACCCCUCUAUCGGCGCUGAGCCUCCUUCCCUGACAUUGGAAGACGACGUUGCCUCUCUGCGUAGAGUAUUGACGACUCUAGCAGACGAGGGAAAGGACAUUGUUCUUGUGGCAUACUCCUACGGUGGUGUCGUAGCCUCCACAGCUAGCGAGGGGCUGGUGAAGCAUGUUCGCGCAGAGAGCGGGAAGCUCGGAGGCAUUGUGAAGGUAGUCUAUCUGGCUGCAUUUGCACUAGACAAAGGGCAGAGCUUGUUGGGAAUGCUGGGAGGAGACUAUUUGCCCUGGAUGAGGGUCGAGGUUGGCCCAUCCCGCAUCCUAUGGUCGGUAUCGUUGUCCAAGAUCAAGCUGACCAACAGAAAGGGCGACUACGUUUACGCAGACGGCACCGGCAACGUCGGCUGGCAGGACCUGACCUUGGAGGAGCAAGAAAAAUGGAAUCAGACAACAAUGCACACCUCGCGUGCGGUCUUCUCGGGUGAAACCACAUAUGAGCCGUGGUGUGAUAUCCCUUGCUCCUACAUCAUCUGUGAGCAGGAUCUGGCUCUAUCACCAGCUAUCCAGGAGUUCUUUGCCUCGAAAAUGGGCGGGCCUGGCACUACCCACCGGCUACCGAGCUCGCAUUCGCCGUUCUUGAGUAUGCCAGAUCGCCUGGUGGGUGUUCUGGAAGAGAUAGUGAAGGUGUAA